AUGUUCCUUGUCGUGAUCUCCUCCGCGGUGGUGGGCUACUUCUUGUGGUCCGUGGUCCGCUUCGUGCAGAAUUACCAUGAAGCGAAGAGAACAGGGCUCCCCAUCAUCUUCACGCCGGUCAAUGCCCCAGGGCCGCUGUGGAUGAUGCUCAAAGAUUUCUUGAUCCCCAUCGCCUCCCGACUGCCGUUGGAACUGGGGACGUGGGCUCUCCGAAGCGACAUCGGCUGGACGUUCCCGUUGAAAUACAAAGACCACGCAAGGUACGGCGACGCCUUUGUCAUCGUCGGACCAGGCGAGCUGGAACUCGUCCUCGCCGACCCGCCGGCCACGGAAGACGUGAUGAGGCGGAGAAACGACUUCGUCAAGAACCCGGCCAUGUACGGAAUGCUGGACAUUUACGGGCCAAAUCUAGACACGGUGAACGGCAAGGCGUGGGAUCGCCAUCGCAAGGUCACGGUCCCGCCGUUCAACGAGCAGAACAGCGCCCUGGUGUGGCGGGAGGCCGGGGAGCAGGCGGAGCAGAUGCUGGCGGUGUGGUCCUCCAAGCGUCAGGAAGUGGUCAGAAGUACGCAGAGAGACGUGCACGCGCUGGCGUUGAACGUUCUUUGUGGCGCUGGUUUCGGGGUGAAGAGCAGCUUCGUCGACUCCACGUUACCGCCGUCGUCGCCCUCCGAGGAUCAAGGUCGAAGCGGAGAUCGAGACCGAGAUCGAGAUCUCAAACCGCAGAAGCUGGGCUACCGAGAAUCUCUCCGACUGUUGCUGGCAGACUUUAUCAACGUGGUUCUGCUUUCGCUGCUCAAGAAGGGAGGGUACCCAGACUGGGCGCUGUUCGGCGGCAUGAAAAAGCUCAACACCGCGUACGAGGAGUUCAAGGUGUACAUGGGCGAGAUGAUCGCGCACGAGAAGGAGGCCUUUGCGCGAGGGGACGUCUCGAGACACAACCUGCUGAGUGAGAUGAUUCGGGCGCUGGACGGUUCGAUCGCCGGGGCGGGACUGUCGGACGAAGAGGUGUAUGGAAAUCUAUUCAUCUACAAUCUGGCCGGACACGACACCACGGCGGCGACGCUCCAUUUCGCCAUCACGCUUAUGGCCGCGCACCCGGAAUGGCAAACGUGGGUCGCCGAGGAGGUUGAUGCCGUCUGCAAAGCCGACGACACGGGGUCGUUGUACUACGAAGAAACGUUUCCCAAGCUCAAGAGGAUUCAUGCAUUGAUGUACGAAACACUUCGACUCUACGGCCCCGUGGUCCUGAUGCCGCGAUACACGGCCGACGAAGCGCAGAAACUCGUCAUUCAAGAUCGAGUUCACGUGGUGCCUGCGCACACGACCAUCUCGCACAACUUUGCAGCGUUGCACCGUCACCCCAAGUACUGGGGCCCUGACGCCGACGAAUGGCGACCGGAUCGGUGGUUGGUGGCAGACGGAACGAAGGACGGCGGCCAGGAGGAGGCUUCACUGUUCCAGCCGGCUCCUGGGUCGUUCGUCCCGUGGAACGCAGGGCCUCGAGUGUGUCCCGGCAAGAAAUUCUCACAGGUCGAAUUCACAAGAGUCAUUUUCCACUUGUUCGCCGACGGAUCGCGGGUGCGACUCGUCCCUGAAGACGGCGAGAGGUACGAAGACGUCAAAAUCCGAGCGUUGCAGACCGUGGACGCGGCAAAGGUGGUUCUCACUCUGAAGAUGUCCGGUACGGAACGCAUUGGGCUACAGUGGUUCAGGCAGUCUUGA